AUGAAAGGCGUCAUGAAGUGGCUUCAAGCAAAUAACCCGGAUGCAGAUGACGUAACACGUAUUUUUGAAAUGACCAGGAUUGAUCUUAUUGAUCCACAGUUCCUCAUUGAAAACGUCGUUUUUUCUAAAUUCAUUUCUGAUAAUGACUGUGUGCAGCAAAUGAUAAAAAAUGUGUGGUAUUCAGAAUAUCUGACAACAGGUUGUAACAGCAGACGUGUAGAUGUUUUCGUUUUACAUUGGGACAAGACGUCACUUCUGUCUUGCUUUACAUCAGAAGGGACAUGGGAAGACGUUCCACCUGCUCCAGUAGAUCCUGGAUGGUGGUAUUCAGCAGCAAGUCUAGGUAACAAGAUCUACAUCACUGGUGGUGGCAGUAGAACAAAAUGUACACUCGUCUACGACGUCUGUAGAAGAGAGUGGGAGACAGGUCCAGAUCUCAAAAGAGAACGCUUUGUUCACUGCAUGGCCACAGCUAAUUCUAAAGUGUAUGCAAUUGGUGGUACGUACAGCAACACGAUUGAAGAGAUGAGCGAGAAUUGGCAGGUUGUUGGAGAUUUGAAACAGAACAGAGAACAUGCAUUCGCUGCUACAGUUGGACACAACAUUCUGGUGAUGGGUGGACGGAGUGAAGGAUGUGGAUCAGAUGUUAUCCAAUGUUUCAACACAGCGACUCGCUGUGUGUCUAACCUCAGCUCACGUUUACCAUACAGCUCGGAGAGUCUGAGAGGUUCGGUUCACCUCCCUGGUGUAUAUCUGCUGGACGGUGAUGGAAAUGUGAUGCACGUCCAUGUCAGUGACAAUGAUGGUGAAAUCAAGAUUCAAGUCAAAUCAACAGAGAAAUGGCGAUCAUUUAAAUAUUGGUUUGGCGUAUCAUGGCAGAACGGAAGCUUGUUGUCCUUUAGUGGCUGGGACACUAACUGUGAAAUUAGAAAAUACAAGCUGCCUGAACGGAAAGAAGACAAUAUUACCUUUCUAAAAUCAACGAGAAGUGGUAAUGUGUUUGGUGUUCUGCCAGUGUGUCAUAAAGCAUAA